AGCUCACGGCUGACUUCCAUUUCUCAGACUGCCGUUUGAGAGAGAGAGAGAGAGAGAGAGGGAGGUGAAACAGUCUUUGUCUGCUGAGUCUUGCACCUCUGCGUACUUUAUUAACCAGCCACAUUUCUCACUUUUGUACCUGAAAUCGCAAGAAAGGAUGUCUCUGUAUCCGUCACUGGAAGACUUGAAGGUGGACAAGGUCAUGAGGGCACAGUCCCAGUUUGCCCAGUCCACCUCCUCUGCCCCGGCCAUCACUGAGGGCGCGUACCAGCCUGCCACGGAGGGGAUGCCGAGCUCAAGUCUGUACCCAAAUCUGGAGGAGCUGGGCGAUUACAUGGGACUCCGCCUCAACAGCGAUGAGGUGCAGAGGAACCUGGCACUUGUCCCAGCUGCAGAUAAUCAGGUGGCAGUGGCGUCAGGUGUAGGAGGCAUGGUGCGCCCAGUGACAGGUGCUGAUGUGGGCAUCAGGAGGGCCGAGAUCCGCCAAGGUCUGCGGGAGGUCAUCCUCUGCAAGGACCAGGACAGCAAGGUCGGCCUUCGGCUGAGAGACGUCGACAAUGGUGUGUUCAUUCAGCUGGUGCAGGCGAACUCCCCUGCGGCGCUGGCUGGCCUGCGUUUUGGAGACCAAGUUCUGCAGAUCAACGGGCAGAACUGCGCUGGCUGGAGCGCAGACAAGGCUCACAAGGCACUGAAGGCAGCAGCUGAGACCCGCAUUGAACUCGUGGUCCGUGACAGGCCCUUCCAGCGCACAAUCACCAUGCACAAGGACAGCUCUGGCCAUGUUGGCUUCAUCUUUAAGUCUGGCCGCAUCACUUCUCUGGUGAAAGACGGCUCUGCUGCCCGCAACGGUCUCCUCACUGACCAUUACAUCUGCGAGAUUAACGGCCAAAAUGUCAUCGGACUCAAGGACCCUCAGAUUAAGGAUAUCCUGACCUCAUCUCCCUCUGCCAUGACCAUCACCGUUAUGCCCAAGAUCAUUUACGAGCACAUGAUUAAGAGGAUGUCAAGCGGCCUGCUGAGGUCAGCCAUGGACCACUCUGUGCCUGAGGUCUGAGCCUCUCGCGCAGCGCUGCCCCUUUCAGAAUGCCUACAAUCUCCAGCCUUCCCACUGGACCCUUCUGCCACAUGGGUUGUCUGUGUCGCUGAGCAGAUAAUCCCCUUCAAUCACGCUCAUUUAUAACAAAUAAGAAAAUUGCCUUUUUUCUACUAUAGACGUUGAACAUUCUUGUAUAUCUAGUUCAUUUUUUUCUAUCUUCCUUGUCACUGUUUCCAUUGUUUAAUUGUUGUCUUUUAUAUGUAAUGAUAAUAAUCCAUCGCUUUCAUUGAGUAUUACUGUCUAUUGAGUUUUACUUUUAACAUUGCACCUUUUUUAGAUUAGUCAUAGGACAAAGAAAAAGAUCUGUAGGUUUGCUCCAGGGCUUUCCGAAGAGAGAAAAGGAUUGCGGGCAUUGAUUUCAGUUUCCCAGAGCGAUUUUUGAUGUCUCAUACUAUGCACGGGUUGCCACAGCCUCUCUUUAGAAUUCAAAGCAUCCAUCGCUGUGCCAAGACGGACUUGCGCUGCCAGACUGUAAACAGGGUCGAACUGAUCGUUUGUUUUUUUUGUUUUUUUUUUAAAGAAUUUCAUUCCCGUUGUUCAUUUCAACUUAUGUUUUUUUUUUUAAAUAUAUCAUCUUUGAUAACCCGUUGUGCUGUCAUCCUGUAAAUUCAUUGACCCCUAGAAAUUUAUAUAUGAAUGUAGCCUCAAGAUACUGUAAUUAUUAUAAAAAAAAUAAACAAAUAAUCAUGCUGGCGA